CAGCACAUGUUGUUACUACUAAACCUUCUAUUACGUUAAUGUCAUAUGAUCAGUUUGUGAAUUCGUAUUGAAUUUAAGGGAGUGUCUGAAUUUUUACUUAGAAUUUUAGAUAUCCUUUAAAAUAAAAAUGUUAAAAUUAUUUUUGUGUUUUAUAACUGCGUUAGUUACAGUUACAGCAAAUGGGGAUUUUGUAGUUUUACAUAGUCCAAAUAGUGUUUUAUUCAAUGGAAAUGAAGAAGUGGAACAAAGUUUACUAAAAGAAGUAUUAGCUGCUGCUUUAGGUUUCACUGUCAAACUGAGAGGAAUAUGGAAUGGCAUUUCUAUUACUGAUCCAUUCAGACUUCCAGAAGCUGUCGUUGUAGUAGCAAUAGAAGGAGUGGAUUCUUUAGAUAUACCAAAAGGAAAAAGAUUUCCAUUAAAUGUUAAUGAAGUUGAAGAAACUACAUGGCAAGCUCUUAGAGAACGUCUUGAAGAGAGAGAUAAUGAUAAUACUUUAGUAAGAAUAUCUUUAGGUGAUGGAUUAGAUGCUCUAGGACAAUCUGCACUUGGAGAAUUAAAACCUACUCCUAUUGAUGAAACAUCUUUAAGAGCCUUAAGUUUAAGCAAGGAAGAAGAUAAAAAGUUUUUGGAAGAAGUUCAGUUACUUCAUGCUAUUGCUAAAAAAGCACCUUCAGCAAUUAAACCAGAUUCAAAGUCUGAUAUUUAUUGGCUUGUUAUAUCUGGUUUGCGACCUAUUUUUGAUGCUUAUGGAAGCAAUUCGACUACUUCUAGAGAAGCUUUAUCAUUAUUGAAUAAUGCUUUAAAUGUUAUUCAUGAUGCAUUUAUUCAAGCUUAUGAUGGUCAGGUACUAAUUGUGGCGUUUACAAAUGAUGCAAGUAAAGUACAUCAUAUCCGUUCAGUAACUCUAGAAAGGCAAAAACGGGAUACUUCAGAUACGGCUAAUAAAACUAAAAAUAUAGAAUCUAUUGGAAGAAAUCUAAAAGAAGAAAUAUGGCUCAAUAAUACAAAAUUUAAUAACAACAAUAAUAAUAAUUAUAAUAAUAACAAUAAUAAUGUAAAAAAGCAAGAUGAGCAACCAGAAAACAGAAAGACAGAAGGAGAAGAGGAUUUAAAAACUAAUAACACUAACAUAUCCUCCGAUGAAACGAACAAUUCUACUGCAAAUAAUGAUAAUUCUGAUCAUAAUGGAAACAAUGAAAAUCAGGAUUUGACUAAUAAGGAGCAUAAAAUAUAUUCCAACACACAAAAUAUAGGACAGGUAUAUAAUCUUUCAAAAAAAUAUUCAGAAGAUUAUCCUGUCAUCUUUAAUAUAUUCUUAUGGUUUGGAGUUGUUUUUGUCUUUUCACUUCUUGCUAUUUGCAUUGCCAUUUCACAAAUGGAUCCAGGACGAGAUUCUAUAAUAUAUAGAAUGACUUCUAAUCGUAUGAAGAAAGACAAUUAAAUGUAAAUACAAAUUAAUAUUACUCAAGUAAAAAAUGUUCUUCAUUCUCAUAUAAUGCACUUUAUUUUACCAGUUUUAUUUAUAAAAUAUUAAAAUUCCAUCUUAGAUCAUUGAAGUGAUCUUUUUUUAUAUGUAGAAAUAUAAUGAAUCAUUAUCGUAUAUAAAGUACUUGUAAACAAUCAAUCAUUUAUCAAUCGUAAAACAUAAUGUAAAAAAUUACUUACUUUAUUUUUUUGUUAAAUAUUAUAUAGAAUAAUUAAAUAACUGAAAUUGUAUCUAUAUACUUAUAACAAUAUAUAUAAAAAUGUUCACAUUAGAUUAAAUCUGUUAUAAGCGAGUA